AUAAAUAAAUAAUAACAAGAAAUUUCAGUAUUUUUAUUUAUUAUUCAAUACUUCUGUACAAUAAAGGAUACACAUAGGUUUCCCAAAAUGUAACUAAACUUUUAAUAUUUUCUAAUAUAAAGUCUUCGUUGUAUGUAACACAUACAAUUUCAACAUUAGAAUUUGUUGAAAAGUUAGGAUCCGCUACACAAAAAUAACACUUUUUAAGUCCUGUCAAAUACAUUUGCACUUGUAUCUGCAUGUAGCAUUUUUUUGUUGGUUGUCCGUUUAUUAUAUACUUGAUAAAGGUUUGUUCGGUCAUGGGACACUUAAUUUCAACAAUACAGUCUUCACACACACCAUCUGGCCAACAAGCUAACAUUGGAUAGGUUUGGGAUAUGAAGAGUCCACAACUGUUUAUUACACCCGUAUUCACAAACAAUACUUGUUUAAGCAAAGGAGCAGCACUAUGCGAAGUAAGACAUUUCUCAAUGCGUUCCAUAUGGCAAGCAUUCCAUUUCGUAAACAAUACUCAAGCGACACUUGACUAAGCGAACGCAUUGCGUUGAUUAAAGCUCUGUGAUUGGUUCGUUUACGUUACGCAGUUCACUCUGCUUCUGAUUGACAUCUGUCAAUUGUCAAUAUAACCUAUAAAAUACGAUAAAUAUUGUUCGAAGUUUUUGUUUUGUGGUAGUUUUGCUUGUGUGGACUUGUAAUAAAUAUGGAUAAAAUUACACCUUCUUCAGGUUCAGUAAACAUAACCAUCAGGUAAGUAAAAAUACUUCUAUUUACUGAUGUUGUGUUGAGUUAUUGUAUAUUUUCAUCUUUGUUUAUUAAAAUCAUAUGUAUGGUUAUUUUGCAGUUCAAAAAAGCUGGCAUUUUCUUCUGCCGAGAAAGAGUUGAUUGUAGCCUUAGUACGGGAACGGCCUAUCAUUGAAGAUAAACGUACACAUGCUAAAAAUAUUGAGUUGAAGAAGCAGGCGUGAGAGGAUCUAGCGGUAGCCUACAAUUCUCAGUCAUAUGUCUCACAAAGAGUCACUCAUCAAUUAAAAAGAUGCUGGGAGAAUAUAAAGACCCAAAGGAAGAAAGAACUUUCUCAGGAGUCGAUGAGUAUGAAACGCACUGGUGGAGGCCCUCCGGAAAAUGGCUUCAUGGUGUCUGAUAAUGUUAUAGACACAAUCUGUCCAUUUAUAAAUUUGAGAGUUCCAGGAGUAAUUGACUCAAAUACAAUUGAAAUUUUAGCUGACACAAUAGAACCAAAUUAUGGGAAGAAUCUUGAAUUCAAGGCAGAAAAACCAACUGUGAAAGAUGAUAUGAAGAAACCCGAGUAUGGGAAGAUCCCUGAACUUCAGUUUGAAAAUGCAACUGCAAAAGUUAUUGAUCUGAGCACAGAAGAACAAACCGAAAACCAUUCAAGGAAACGACCAAUAUUUGCACAAUUACAAAAUGAAAUAGAUGAAAAUAGCUAUUUGCAGCCGAAAAGGAAAUCUAAUAAAGAUACUUUUUCCACACCGACUAGUAGCAAGAAAUUUCUAAGCGAGACAGAAGCAAGAGUAAAACGCAGCACGAUAAACAUACAACAGGACCAGGCAUUGCACGAGUUGAGGAUACAGCGGGAAAAGAUUUUGAUAGAAAGAGAAAACAAUUUGUUGGAGUACGAGAAAAAGAUACAUGAAUUUCAAAUUCAAAAAAUUAAAUUAGAAAUUGAAUUGUUAAAUAAACAAAUUGGAAAUUAA